CAUGCACCUGCUCAAAGAGGAUAAGAGACAGCCAGCACCACCUGGCUAGAUGCUACAAAGGGAACGGAGGCAGGGGAACAGUCAAGUCCUGCUUUAGGGGGCUCAGGGAAGGUGUGCAGGCAAGUAAAGCUGUCUGUCCCGGAUGCCAAGAUUUGAGACCCAGAAGUCUCUAAUGGCUACUUAUCACAUCCGCCAGUACCAGGACAGUGACCAUAAAAGUGUCGUGGACCUGUUUUCCAAGGGCAUGGAGGAGCACAUCCCAGCCACCUUCUGCCACAUCCUACUGCUGCCCCGAACCCUCCUGCUCUUACUUGGGGCGCCCCUUGCCCUGGCUCUGGUGUCUGGCUCCUGGCUGCUGGCCAUGUUCUGUGUCUUCUUUCUGCUCCUGCUCCUGCGCCUUCUUGCCAGACAGCCCUGGAAGGAGUAUGUGGCCAAAUGUUUGCGCACAGACAUGGCUGACAUCACCAAGUCCUACCUGAAUGCACGUGGCUCCUGCUUCUGGGUGGCUGAGUCUGGGAGGCAGGUGGUGGGCACAGUGGCUGCUCUGCCAGUCAAGGAUCCUCCAGUGGGGAGGAAGCAGCUGGAGCUCUUUCGCCUGUCUGUGUCCUCACAGCAUCGAGGACAGGGGAUAGCGAAAGCGCUCAUCAGAACUGUCCUCCAGUUUGCACGGGACCAGGGCUACAGCGAUGUUCUCCUUGAGACCAGCACACUGCAGCAAGGUGCUAUGACUCUCUACCUGGGCUUGGGUUUCCAGAGGACAGGCCAGUACUUCAUGAGUAUGUUCUGGAGGUUAGUAGCUAUUUGUACAGUUCAGUUAAAGUACUCCUUCCCUUCUGCCUAGGAAGGGGGGCUGU